CGCAGCCAAUGGCAGGGCGGCUCUCGGGGAGGAAGGGAGUAAAUCGAAGAUGGCCGCGGCUAUAAAACCCCUGGCAGGCCUCGGGCCCGGCUCCGGGCAGGGCCCACCGAGCGGGGCCCGCCCCACCGACACCGCGACGACGUCGCCACAGCCGCCAUCGCCACAGCCCCCCGCCACAGACUCCCGUCACCCGCCAUGGCCGUCUCCAGGCUCGAUCGCCUCUUCAUCUUACUGGACACGGGCACGACGCCCGUCACAAGGAAAGCAGCCGCGCAGCAACUUGGGGAGGUGGUGAAACUCCACCCCCACGAACUGAACAAUCUCUUAUCCAAAGUGCUGAUAUACUUAAGGAGUACAAAUUGGGAUACCCGCAUCGCAGCCGGCCAGGCCGUGGAAGCCAUAGUGAAAAACGUUCCUGAGUGGAAUCCAACUCCAAGACCAAAACAAGAAUGUGCUUCAGAAAGUUCUAUGGAAGAUGCAUCUGCCCCAGAUCGGUUGAGUUUUGACAGAUUUGAUAUCGGAAGAUUGCUGCAGCAUGGCGCAUCUCUCCUUGGGUCUGCAGGGGCCGAAUUCGAAGUCCAAGAUGACAAAUCAGGCGAAGUGGAUCCCAAAGAGCGGAUCGCUCGCCAGCGCAAGUUACUACAGAAGAAGCUGGGCUUCGAUAUGGGAGCAGCAAUUGGAAUGAACACCGAAGAGCUCUUCAAUGACGAAGACUUGGAUUACACACCCACCUCAGCUUCUGUGGUGAACCGACAGCCCACGCUUCAGGCAGCUGAACUGAUCGACUCGGAAUUUCGGACCGGGAUGAGCAGCAGGCAGAAGAAUAAAGCUAAAAGGAUGGCCAAGUUGUUUGCGAAGCAGAGAUCCAGGGAUGCUGUGGAAACUAACGAGAAGAGCAACGAUAGCGCUGAUGGAGAGCCAGAAGAAAAGAGACGGAAGAUAACAAACGUCGUCAUUAACCAGCCUGCCACCGAUUCCAAAGUCUUGAUUGAUAACGUGCCAGACAACUCGUCUUUAUUGGAGGAGACAAAUGAAUGGCCUCUGGAAAGCUUCUGCGAAGAACUUUGUAAUGAUCUUUUUAAUUCUUCCUGGGAGGUUCGGCACGGUGCAGGCACGGGCCUGAGGGAAAUCCUUAAAGCCCAUGGGAAAAGUGGCGGCAAAAUUGGGGACAGCACUUUGGAAGAGAUGGCCCAGCAGCAUCAGGAAUGGCUGGAAGACUUAGUUAUCCGGCUACUGUGCAUUUUUGCGCUAGACAGAUUUGGAGACUUUGUAUCGGACGAAGUGGUGGCACCCGUACGGGAAACCUGUGCUCAGACUUUGGGAGUGGUAUUAAAGCAUAUGAACGAGACAGGCGUUCACAAGACUGUAGAUGUGCUCCUUAAGCUGCUUACGCAGGAACAGUGGGAAGUGAGACACGGCGGCCUGCUAGGAAUAAAGUAUGCUUUGGCCGUCCGACAGGAUGUGAUUAAGACUUUAUUGCCUAAAGUUUUAACUACCAUAAUCGAAGGACUCCAGGACCUCGAUGAUGAUGUCAGAGCUGUCGCCGCGGCGUCCUUGGUGCCAGUAGUGGAGAGUCUUGUUCACAUCCAGUUCCAGAAGGUGCCUUUUAUUCUUAAUACGUUAUGGGAUGCCCUCCUGGAGUUAGAUGAUCUGACAGCAUCCACAAACAGUAUCAUGACCCUUCUUUCAUCCCUUCUAACUUAUCCUCAAGUCCGACAAUGCAGUAUCCAGCAGUCGCUUACCGUUUUGGUCCCGCGAGUGUGGCCGUUUCUGCAUCACACGAUAUCCUCCGUUCGAAGGGCCGCGUUGGAAACGCUGUUUACACUGUUAUCCACCCAGGACCAGAAUUCUUCGUCCUGGCUAACGCCUAUUCUCCAAGAUAUGCUGCGGCACAUUUUUCAGUUUUGUAUUUUGGAAAGCAGCCAAGAAAUCCUGGACCUUAUUCACAAGGUGUGGCUGGAACUCCUGGCCAAAGCCUCGGUGCAAUAUGUGGUGGCGGCUGCCUGCCCUUGGAUGGGGGCCUGGAUCUGCCUGAUGAUGCAGCCGUCUCAUUUACCCAUCGAUCUGAAUAUGUUGCUGGAAGUAAAAGCUCGGUCUAAGGAGAAAACGGGUGGGAAGGUGCGGCAGGGACAGAGCCAGGCCAAAGAAGUGAUGCAGGAAUAUAUUGGCGGGGCGGACAGCGUUACCGAAGACCCGGCCACCAGGGAUUACGUGGUCAUGCGAGCCAGGGUGAUGGCAGCCAAGUUGUUAGGAGCGCUCUGCUGCAGUAUAUGUGACCCCUCCGUCAAUAUGAACAGUCAAGAAAUAAAACCGGCGGAAUCCCUCAGCCAGUUAUUGCUCUUCCACUUGAAUUCCAAAUCGGCCUUACAGAGGGCCAGCGUGGCACUCGUCAUCUGCGAGUGGGCCGCUUUGCAAAAGGAAUGCAAAGCCGUCGCCCUCGCCGUGCAGCCCCGCUUACUCGGCAUCCUUUCGGAGCACCUCUAUUACGACGAGAUCGCGGUUCCGUUCACCCGGAUGCAGAACGAAUGCAAACAGCUCGUUUCCUCGUUGGCCGACGCUCGCGUCGACGUCGGGGACAGAGUCAACCACAGUGUGUUUACGAUAGAUCAAGCCACCGAACUGGUCACCACCGUCUUCAGUGAAGUCACGGCGACCUUCGGCCCCCAGUCUCCAGUGUGGCAGCAGCUAGACGGCAAACGGCAGCAGGUCCAGCUGGCCGUUAACGAAACCAACCAGGAGUGGCAAGUGCUGCAGCUGAGAGUGCACGCCUUCGCCGCCUGUGCGGUCGUGGGCUUGCAGCAGCUUCCGGAGAAGCUCAACCCGCUCAUCAAGCCUCUGAUGGAGGCCAUUAAGAAAGAAGAGAACCCCCUGGUGCAGAAUUACGCCGCCCUGUGCCUGGCCAAACUGCUUCAGCAGUGCACGGCCAGAGUGCCUUGUCCCAACUCGAAGAUCGUCAAAAACCUCUGCAGCUCGCUCUGCGUGGACUCUCACCUCACGCCCUGCGCGGCGUGUCCGGCCCCGCCGCAGAGCGGCCACGACAACUCGAAAGGCCCAAACUCCGAGAAAGACGGAAUGCAGCACAUGGUCACCAAACACAGAGGCAUCAUCACCCUCUAUCGGCAUCAGAAGGCGGCCUUUGCCAUCACGAGCAGGCGGGGGCCCACCCCCAAGGCCACCAAAACCCACAUCACAGACCUCCCGACGGGCAGCAGCGCAAGCGUCACUCCCGAACUGGAUGAGGCGCAGAAGCCCUACCUGGUGCAGCGACGAGGAGCCGAGUUUGCCCUGUCGACCAUAGCGAGACACUUCGGCGCGGCCAUGACCAGCAGCCUGCCCCACCUCUGGGAUGCCAUGGUGGGCCCCUUGAGGAACAACAUUAACAUCCACAGCUUUGAUGGGAAGUCCCUGUUGGAAAAGGGAGAUGGCCCUGCCCAGGAGUUGGUGAACUCUCUGCAAGUUUUCGAAACGGCAGCGGCCUCGAUGAACGUUGAACUUCAUCCUCUGCUGGUUCAGCAUCUUCCUCAUCUCUAUAUGUGCCUUCAACAUCCCAACACCGCGGUGAGACACAUGGCAGCUCGCUGCAUGGGCGUCAUGAGCAAAAUCGCCACCAUGGAGACGAUGAACAUUUUUUUAGAGAAGGUUCUCCCCUGGCUGGGGGCAAUAGACGAUAACACCAAGCAAGAAGGGGCAAUCGAAGCCCUCGCGUGCGUGAUGGAACAGCUAGACGUUGGCAUCGUUCCAUAUAUCGUCCUCCUGGUGGUGCCUGUAUUGGGAAGGAUGAGCGAUCAGACGAACAGCGUGCGUUUCAUGGCCACGCAGUGCUUUGCGACAUUAAUCAGGCUAAUGCCACUCGAGUCAGGCAUCGCAGACCCUCCCAAUAUGCCGGAAGAGCUGAUCCAGUUGAAAACCAAAGAGCGCCAUUUCCUGGAGCAGCUGUUGGAUGGGAAAAAAUUGGAAAACUACAAGAUCCCAGUCCCGAUCAAAGCCGAGCUCCGAAAAUACCAGCAGGACGGUGUAAACUGGCUGGCCUUCCUGAACAAGUACAAACUGCACGGGAUUCUGUGCGAUGACAUGGGCCUGGGGAAAACGCUGCAGUCCAUCUGCAUCCUGGCCGGGGACCACUGUCUGAGGGCCCAGGAAUAUGCCCGGACGAAGCUGUCGGAGAGCGUGCCCCUUCCCUCGCUGGUGGUCUGCCCGCCCACGCUGACGGGCCACUGGGUGGACGAAGUGGGCAAAUUUUGCUCCAAAGAAUAUCUCAACCCUCUGCACUACACUGGCCCCCCUACAGAGAGAACCAGAUUACAGCACCAAGUGAAGAGACACAACCUCAUCGUGGCCUCUUACGACGUCGUGCGAAAUGACAUCGACUUCUUCAAGAACAUUAAGUUUAACUACUGUAUUCUCGAUGAAGGCCACGUCAUCAAAAAUGGAAAGACCAAAUUGUCCAAAGCUGUGAAACAGCUGACCGCCAAUUAUAGGAUUAUUCUUUCAGGCACACCCAUCCAGAACAACGUCUUGGAGCUGUGGUCAUUGUUUGAUUUCCUUAUGCCAGGAUUUUUGGGAACUGAGCGUCAGUUUGCAGCUCGGUAUGGGAAACCCAUAUUGGCAAGUAGGGAUGCUCGGAGUUCCAGCCGGGAACAGGAAGCAGGAGUCCUCGCAAUGGAAGCUCUGCACCGCCAAGUCCUGCCGUUCUUGCUCAGAAGGAUGAAGGAGGAUGUUUUGCAGGAUCUUCCCCCGAAAAUUAUUCAAGAUUACUACUGUACGCUCAGCUCCCUACAGGUACAGCUCUACGAAGACUUCGCCAAGUCUCGCGCCAAAUGCGAUGUGGAUGAAACCGUCUCUUCGGCCGCGCUGUCGGACGAGACCGAGAAACCCAAACUUAAGGCUACGGGCCACGUGUUUCAGGCACUGCAGUACUUACGGAAACUCUGCAACCACCCGGCGCUAGUAUUAACGGCCCAGCACCCCGAAUUCAAGAAGACCACCGAGCAGCUCGCAGCCCAGAAGUCGUCCCUUCGGGAUAUCCAGCACGCCCCGAAACUGUCAGCCCUGAAACAACUGCUGCUAGACUGUGGUUUGGGGAACAGCGGGACGUCGGAGAGCGGCACCGAAUCCGUCGUGGCCCAGCACCGGAUCCUCAUCUUCUGCCAGCUGAAGAGCAUGCUGGACAUCGUGGAACAUGACCUGCUGAAGCCCCACUUGCCCUCCGUCACCUACCUGCGCUUAGAUGGCAGUAUCCCCGCCGGACAAAGACAUUCGAUCGUUUCCCGGUUUAACAACGACCCAUCCAUAGACGUCCUGCUGCUGACCACCCAUGUCGGUGGGCUGGGCCUCAACCUAACAGGAGCCGACACGGUCGUGUUCGUGGAACACGACUGGAAUCCCAUGAGAGACCUGCAGGCGAUGGACCGCGCCCAUCGCAUCGGCCAGAAACGGGUUGUAAACGUGUACCGCCUGAUAACGCGGGGGACGCUGGAGGAGAAGAUAAUGGGUCUGCAGAAAUUCAAGAUGAACAUUGCAAAUACGGUGAUCAGCCAAGAGAACACGAGCCUGCAGAGCAUGGGCACCGAUCAGCUCCUGGAUCUGUUCACCCUCGACAAGGACGGGAAAACGGAAAAAGCCGACACCUCCGCCUCUUCGGGAAAAGCCAGCAUGAAGUCGGUCCUCGAAAACCUCGGGGAUCUCUGGGACCAAGAGCAGUACGACUCGGAAUACAGCCUCGACAACUUCAUGCACUCGCUCAAGUAGCGGCGCGACGCGGGACCGCUCCGGCCAGGCGCCGCCGCUGACAUUCAGCGGGCGGGCGGGCGGGCGGCUGGCCGCCGUUGACCCGGCUGCGGGGGACCGGCCGAGGCCCCGGCUCUCCACUCUUUGCACUGGAUUAAACUGGCGGUGGAAAUGUGAAUGAAUGAAGCGCUUUGAAUUUUCCGUGCGGAACCAGGUGCCGGGAGCAGUGGUGUCCCUCACGGGGCCCGGCCCGUAG